GAUGCCAAGCUAUGGGAAUUGGGAAGAUAAGAUACGGAGGAUAUCUAAAGUCUCAGCAGAUGUGCUUUGUACACAAGAGAAGAAGAGGAACGAGUAUUGGUUUUGCACUAAUUUUGGUGUGAGCUAUCAUAAGUUACUCAAGAAGAUGUUGAAGAAUCUGAGCCUGAGAUCAGAACUUGACAUUGCAAGGCCUUCCAAUCCUUGUUUCUCAGAGCGUCAUCAUUUAUUAUUUGUGAAAGGCAUCAAGCCAAACAUAGUAGCAUCGUCCUCUGGUACAGAUUUAAAACUCAAACAGCACAGAGCUUCAAGACUAGCAGUGAGUCUGAGACAGAAAACUCCAAUUACCCUUGACCGCACAAGCGUGGACGUGGUUCCAAUUCCAAAUGGCCGUUAUUCCACUUGCAAGCUUGUGAUCAUGGGAGCUGCCCUUUCUGUGGGAAUAUUGGUGGUUAUGAGUGGGCUGGAUGGUCAGAGGGCGUGGGCUUUGGGCCCAGAAGGCCCACUUGUGGAGGAGUUCUGGGACAAUGUGAGGAGAUACGCGCUGUACGCGCUGACUGUGAGCACGGGUGCCAUAUACACCAUCGUGCAGCCCAUCCUGGAGCUCCUCAAGAACCCUAUCUCUGCCAUCCUCGUCAUCGCCAUCUUCGCUGCCUCCAUCUUCAUUGUUUCUCAAGUUCUUACUGCCAUGGUUGGUGUUUCCGACUUUACUUACAACUAUGCCUACUAAUAAUUUUAUGUAUAUUGUAUUCCAAACUCCAAUAUGAAUACUUUUCCUUUCGAUUCUCA